UGAGCGGUGUUGCUGAAGUCGAGCUGCAAUGUGUCAGGCAUUGGGGUCUUUCUACAAUUCAGCAUCACUGCUAGGUUGACCGUGGCCCACCACUCAAAAACAUCCAGCCAGGAACAGUUCUGUGGCUCCAGCUGAAAAAUCAUGGGCAGAUUGGACGGCAAAGUUAUCGUCUUGUCUGCAGCUGCCCAAGGAAUCGGGAAAGCUGCUGCUAUAGCAUUUGCUAAGGAAGGAGCUCAGGUCACGGCUACGGACAUCAAUGCAGAGAAACUGAAAGAACUGGAUGGCACUCCAGGGAUUAAGACCAAAGUGCUUGAUGUGACCAAAAAGGACCACGUGGAGGCACUGGCUGAAGAGUUUGACCACGUUGAUGUGCUUUUCAAUGUGGCAGGAUUCGUUCAUCACGGCACUAUCCUGGACUGCGGGGAGAAGGACUGGGACUUCACCAUGAACCUUAAUGUCCGCAGCAUGUACCUGAUGCUCAAGGCCUUUCUGCCCAAGAUGCUGGCCCAGAAGUCUGGGAGCAUCAUUAAUAUGUCAUCUGUGGCAUCUAGCAUCAAAGGUGUCGCGAACAGAUGUGUGUACAGCACGUCUAAAGCUGCUGUCAUUGGGUUAACCAAGUCAGUAGCUGCUGAUUUCCUCGAGCAAGGUAUCCGCUGCAACUGCAUCUGCCCUGGUACUGUAGACACUCCAUCACUAAGGGAAAGAAUCGAGGCUAGGCCUGAUCCAGAGCAGGCAUUUAAGGACUUCAUGGCCAGGCAGAGGACAGGCAGGAUGUGCACCGCAGAAGAAGUGGCUCAUCUGUGUGUUUACCUGGCUUCAGACGAAUCUGCCUAUGUGACUGGAACUGAGCACAUCAUCGAUGGAGGAUGGAGCCUCUGAAUGCUUUGAACUUCUUUCAAAUUAGGGACAUCUGUCGAUUAUUAUUCUGUAUGGCUUUGAUUUAAACACAUCCAGAAUAGAUAAGCAAUCCUCUCAUAGAUAAAAAUCACUAACAACACAGCAUAUCAGUCGGUCUCUCUUUAAAAUGAUUGUGUUAUGAAUAUGUAUGAAUAUGCAUGAAUGCUAAUUUUGAACUAAUGCUGCUUUUAACGGUUAUAUUUGUGGUUCUGGUUUUACUGUUUGUUAAGAAGGGAUGCAUAUUGAAUAUUUAGACUUAGUUUCAUUGGAAUUUAAUAAUAAAUCAUUAAUAAUGAAGGAAAGCUCUCCAUACAAGAAAACACUGAUUAGACUCAUUCUAAUUCUUCACAUUAACGGUCACUCCAUGACUACCGGCACUUGCAUUUUUGGCAUUAUGAAUCGGUUAAAUAAAAAAUAUAUAAAUAAAUAAAUAAAUAAAAAGAAAAGAUAAAUAGAUAUCUUUUGUGAUAUGCUGUUGUAAUAAACUAGUGAAUUUA